AUGGCGUCGCAAAAUGGAAGACCCCGGGUCUAUUUCGACAUUACCAUCGGCGGUCGGAAGGAGGGUCGGAUCGUCUUUGAACUUGUAGUCGUACCCAAGACCGCCGAGAACUUCCGUGCUCUGUGUACUGGUGAGAAAGGCAUGGGAAAAGCGGGAAAGCCUCUGAGCUACAAAGGUUCCAUUUUCCACCGAGUAAUCAAGUCUUUCAUGAUUCAAGGUGGUGAUUUUACCAAUUUCAACGGCACUGGAGGGGAAUCGAUCUACGGCGAGAAGUUUGAUGACGAAAACUUCGAACUGAAGCAUGACCGUCCUUUCUUGUUGUCCAUGGCCAAUUCGGGACCGGGCACCAAUGGCUCCCAGUUUUUCAUCACCACCGUACCCACUCCUCAUCUCGAUGGCAAGCACGUCGUGUUCGGCGAAGUCAUCAAUGGCAAAAACAUUGUCCGCAAAAUUGAAAACCUCCCUACUCAAUCAGACAAACCGUCCACCGGUGAUGUGAUAGUUGCCGACUGCGGACAACUUGAAGGGGAGGGCUAUAGUACCGCCACUCAAAAAGCGGCCGACGCCACCGGCGACCCUUAUGAAGAUUUCCCGGACGAUCAAGGCGAAGGGCUGAAGGGUGAGCAGUACUACCAAAUCGCGCUGGAUCUCAAGGAAUUCGGAAACAAAGCAUUCAAAGCGGGUGAUGUGGAGACAGGGAUUGAAAAGUACCAGAAAGGCCUGAGAUAUCUCAACGAGUACCCAGCGGCCAACGAAACGGACCCCAAAGACCUGCAAAACAACAUGGAUCAUCUGAGAUUCACCCUCCACAGCAAUUCCGCCCUCCUGGCCAACAAAGCCAAACGGUAUGAUGAAGCUCAGAAGUGGGCCACUUUUGGCAUUGAUGCCACCCCCAAAGAUGCAAAGGACACGGACAAGGCGAAAGCGUAUUUCCGACGAGCGCAGGCUCGAGUGGCUCUCAAAGACUUGGAAGAAGCGUUGAAAGAUUACGGACAAGCGGCCCAAUUGGCUCCGGAGGAUGCCGCAAUUAAGAAUGAAUUGGCCAAAACCAAGAAAACUCUGGCAGACAGCAUCCGCAAGGAAAAGGAAAGUUACAAGAAGUUCUUCAGUUGA